AUGCCUACUUGGUCCUCCCUCAUCGAGUGCCAUUUACCACCCCUUUUUACGCUUGAAUACCUGCCAAAAAUAAUUGCGCUGAAAAAGCUCAAAUACUCAGAUCGGGCUAUUGUUCAGCUUUUGCAACCUCAGACCAAGGUCUCUCACGCAACUGUUGGUUGUAUCUGGGCCAAGUAUGGACUUACUGACCGCCCACUUGAUCGACACGAUCCCAUUCCUGGGCGCCCACAAAAAUUAACCCCCAGCGACGUCAGAUUUGCCGCUUUGGCCCUAGCUUGGAGUAGAGUACCAACAGCAGCAAAUAUUAGACGGCAGUACUUCCCUGCCGUUGGGUCCUCUACCCUCCGCCGCUACCUCCGAGAGCUGGGUUUACGGCCGUACAAACGCCGCCGAGUACCCCUGCUCACUUAUUGGCAUAGAAAAGCCCAUUGCGCGUGGGCCCACAGUCAAUUAUUCUGGCCACAAUCACGCUGGGACAACAUUGUCUUCUUGGACAAAGUCCGAAUCAAGUUAUUUGGGGCCGACAGCGGCCAAUAUUACUGGAGGCGGCCUAGUGAGUCCCCGUAUAAUCCCCGAUACACCAAAAAGACAAUAUCUCAUGGUGGCGGGGGUAUCUUCAUUUGGGGGUGCAUUACCCGAGAGGGAGUCGGGCAAUUGUACCUUAUACAACGCAAGCUGAACGCCCCGGGAUACAUUGAAAUCCUUGGGGACGCCUUCUUUGGAACCCUCGCCGACUAUAAAAUCACCCCGUUUGACAUUACAUUCCAGCACGACCAAGAUCCGAAGCAUACAGCCAGGCUGACACAACGUUGGCUUGCCAGUUGGGGCGUAAGCGUCCUCCCAUGGCCGUCAAAAAGCCCGGAUUUGAAUAUAAUCAAGAACGUCUGGUGGCAUCUGAAGGAGCGCGUGCGUACUCACCGACCUCCCGCUUUGAAUAAGGAAGAAUUAUGGAAAAUAGUGAGGGACGAAUGGAAACAAAUUUCCCUGAAAUAUAUUGGCAAUUUGUAUGAUUCAUUACCGCGUCGAGUACAAGCUGUGUAUUUAGCUAAAGGUGGAAACACCAAAUACUAA